UACUGCCCCACGAGACCGCCUUGCUUCUUUUGCUACCCAGUUUGAUACCCUCAUAGACGCUUUCCAAAAUGUCGGCCGCACAACUUCUGAAUCCGAAGGCAGAGUCGAGGAGGCGCGGGGAAGCUCUCCAAGUGAACAUUUCCGCUGGCGAAGGCCUGCAGAAGGUUCUUGCUUCCAAUUUGGGACCCCGCGGUACCCUGAAGAUGCUCGUAGAUGGCGCUGGAGGAAUCAAACUCACAAAGGAUGGCAGUGUUCUGCUGAAGGAGAUGCAAAUCCAGAACCCCACCGCUGUCAUGAUCGCGCGAGCAGCGACGGCACAAGACGACAUUACCGGAGAUGGCACAACAUCAGUGGUGCUGUUGGUGGGAGAGUUGCUGAAGCAGGCUGAUCGAUACAUCUCUGAGGGUCUCCACCCCCGAGUCAUCACAGACGGAUACGACAUUGCGAAGACAGAGACACUGAAGUUCCUCGAUGAGUUCAAGCUCGAGAAGGAGGUCGAUCGAGAGCUGCUUCUGUCCGUAGCUCGGACAUCGCUAUCGACGAAGCUCGACAGCUCGCUUGCCGAGCAAUUGACACCCGAUAUCGUAGACGCCGUUCUCGCCAUCUACCAAGCGCCUGCGAAACCGGACCUCCACAUGGUCGAGAUCAUGACCAUGCAACAUCGCACUGCUGCAGACACGCAGCUAAUUCGUGGACUCGCGUUGGACCACGGUGCCAGGCAUCCCGACAUGCCCAAAAGAGUCGAGAAUGCGCACAUACUCACUCUCAACGUCAGCCUGGAAUACGAGAAAUCCGAAAUCAACUCGGGCUUCUACUACUCGAGUGCAGAUCAGAGGGAGAAGCUUGUUGAGAGCGAGCGACGAUUUGUUGACGAGAAGCUGAGGAAGAUCGUGGAGUUGAAGAAGGAGGUUUGCGGAGAUGACCCUAAGAAAGGCUUCGUCAUAAUAAACCAGAAAGGUAUUGACCCACUGAGUCUGGAUGUGCUUGUCAAGAAUGGCAUUUUCGCGCUGAGGAGAGCGAAGAGAAGGAAUAUGGAACGCUUGCAACUCAUAUGCGGUGGUACGUCACAGAACAGUGUGGAUGACAUGACACCGGAUGUACUGGGCUGGGCAGGUCUUGUCUACGAGCAUCAGCUCGGCGAGGAAAAGUACACAUUCAUCGAGGAUGUCAAGGAGCCGAAGUCGGUGACACUACUCAUCAAGGGCCCGAACUCGCACACCAUCUCCCAGAUCAAGGAUGCCGUGCGAGAUGGACUGAGGAGCGUGUACAACAUGAUUGUUGAUGGCAGCGUGGUGCCAGGUGGAGGCGCGUUCCAGGUCGCUUGCGCUGCUCGACUCCAGAGCGAGCAAUUCAAGAAGACGGUCAAGGGCAAGGCAAAAUGGGGUGUAGCAGCCUUUGCAGAUGCACUCCUCGUCAUUCCGAAGACGCUGGCCGCCAACUCUGGUCACGACAUCCAGGACUCUUUGGCUGCACUUCAAGACGAGCAUGCCGAAGGCAAUGUUGUGGGCUUGAAUCUGACAACCGGAGAACCGAUGGACCCUACACAAGAAGGCGUCUUCGAUUCGUUCCGCGUACUCCGCAACUGCAUAGCAUCGGCUACAGGAAUUGCGUCUAACCUGCUGUUGUGUGACGAGAUGUUGAAGGCACGGCAAAUGGGACGAGCACCAGGACCUGGUGGUGACGAGCAAUGAUAGUAACGAGUUGUGUGUGACGAACAAGGAUAGGCUAUGAUGGCGACUAUUGCGCAUGCGAAGCUUGGUUCAUACGUAGAAACACCUUGGAGGGACGUCGAGUCAAACUGCUCCUCGGUUGUAGGGACAAGCGAUGCUGUGUGUUGUGUCAAGCCGUAUCAAAAUAAAUGAAAAUAUAUGACCACCGCAUGAUACCUCGUCAAGGUCUGCAGACAUG